GUUGAGAACCGCUGAGCAAUAAGCCCAGAAUAAAAGUCCGUGAUUGUUAGUUUUCAGCAGAUCAAAACUGGCCAGUGAAUUGAUAUUAAAAAGAAAAAAAAAAAAAUUCGUGUGAUGAAUUUGUUAAUUGCCACUAGUUUGUUUCUCUUACUUACUGACAUCGAUGUGACCAGCAGCCGUGCACGACAUUCAAUCGGUGGAUUCAUCAAGAGAAUUAUUUAUGGCACCAAUGCCGAACUUUACGACAUCCCUUCCCAGGUUGGGAUAUUUUAUCGACGGGAAAACAAUUGGACCCUGGAAUGUGGAGGAGUCCUGAUUAAACCUGAUAAGGUUCUUACCGCUGCCCAUUGCAUGAAAGGUGUAAAAGCUAUAAAUGUCAAAGUUUCUGUUGGUAUGCUAAACAAAUUUGGACCACCUACUCAGUACGAGCAAAUUAUCUACGUCAAGAGAAUCAAAAUACAUGAAGACUUUGAUGCAAAAGCAAUCUUAAUAAACGACCUUGCCAUUCUGACACUGGCCAACCCAGCCAUACUUAACAAUAAUGUGAAGGUGGCACAAUUAGCGGUUGAUAGCUCAGACUUUUUUGAUAAACUCUGCAUCGUAAGUGGAUGGGGUAAAAGCAACUAUACAGAUAUUUCAGGUAAAAAUAGGCUCCAGAAAACAUCGAUAACCUUACUCUCAAAAGAAGAGUGCAUAUCUAAUUGGAAAUUAUACAGCGAUCGAAUAAACGACAGACAGUUAGUGUGUGUCUUAGAUAAACAAGGUGAACCCAGCAUUCCCUGUAAUGGCGAUAGUGGCGGCCCUUUGUUUUGUGGCCCAAGGCUGGAUCAGCUGGUUGGAGUCACUUCGUUUGGUAGAAAUGGUUGUCCUAUUGAUAGUCCUGUCGUGUACACAGAUGUGUCACAGUGCUACCGAAGCUGGAUCGAGACAAAUUCUUAAAUUAUCGUCGUAGAUUCGAAGAUGGAGAUGACAUUAAAUAACAAUAAAGUAAUAAUAAAUAAAUAAAAAAAA